GUACAGUUGAAAAGGUUCCCUCGUGAGUCUAAUGUCAAUAUUUUGCCGUAUUUUUUUGAUUUUUUUAGGGGUGUCUAAAUGUAUAUUGAUCAAUAUAUUUGAGCGAUAUUCUAAAUGUGUGCAUAUUUUUUUUACCUAUUUUUGAAUUAUCUUUCCUCAUUAAACACUGAGAAAAAACAAGUAAAAAAAUGAUUGUGUCAUCAAUUAAAAGGUGAAGAAGGCCAUCUUCUAAAUAGUUGAAAAAUAAAAAGAAGUGUAUCAGUAUAAAAUGUGUUUCAUGCACUUUCACAGUGUUACAUCAACAUUUUUUAUUUAUUCAUAAAUCAUUAUUUAUUGUCAAAGGUACGGUCAGAACAUCUUACAGAUAGUAAACAAUGAUUUAUAAAUUAUAAUUAAUAAAUAAUUAUUUAUAGCUCUUUUGGGACACUCUAUUGAUAAAUAGACAAAUAAAUACAUGAUAAUUUUUAUAGAUAUUGUGACAAUUUUUUGAUAGAAGAAGAGCUAGCACUGAUGGAAUUACGGUUUAUUCUAUUUAUUUUUAUUAAGAAUAACAUCGUUUUCAUACAAAGCAUAGGCUUAUAAACUCAACCAUCAUAGAGAAGGAAAAAAAAUAUGAAAGAAAAGGAUAAUAAAGACAGAAACUAAGAGCAAAUAAGAUAAGAACAAAGUAAAACAUGAUGUACGAAGAAAGAAAAAAAAACAGAUAAGGUCGACACAUAAGAUGAGAAGAAUAGUAAGAAAAUGUCAAAUAUCAUGCAUACAAUGCAUUUGACUGGGAUCGUUACAAAUAUAUUUUCUUUUCUAUAAAUAUUUAUUUCAUAGUUUUUACAAUGUAUAAUUGCUCCAGAACUGCAAUAGAAUUAAUUGAUUCAGAACCUAUUAUUAUUGACGAACAUGUGAUCGAUGAAUUUAUUGAAAAAGAAAUUCAACAUGGGUUUCCUGGUGCUGCUCUUAUUAUAACUCGAUAUGGUAACAUAUUAAAACAAACCGUCUAUGGUUAUAAAUUAAAAUAUGAUGAAUCUGGAACAAUUAUAAAGCAACCACAACUAUUAACAUUGGAUACUAUGUUUGACUUGGCAUCAUUAACUAAAAUGUAUGCUACAAAUUAUGCACUUAUGCAACUAGUUGAGCAAGGAGUAUUAAAUGUUGAUGAUCCAGUUAACAAAUACAUACCAGAAUAUUGUGGAUGUAAUCCUGAAAAUGAAUAUCGUGAGACAAGAUUAAUAAAAGACUUGUUGACACAUACAGCUGGAUAUGCUUCAAGUGUGGAGUUUUACAAUUCAGAAAAAGUUUCACCAAAUUUAUUUUCACAGAAUAAGCGUAAAACUGAAGAAAUUAUCAAAACAAAAUUGAAAUUUCAACGAUCAAGAGGUGAAGAUCAAUUACCAGUUUAUUCUGAUAUUGACUAUAUGCUAUUAGGUCUACUUGUGGAGCAUCCAUUAAAUCUAACACAUACAUUAUUUAAUCCUCUCAAUAAUACAAACUUUCAAAAAUCAGAUUUUGCUGCUACUGAAUUAAAUGGUAAUACACGCAAUGGCACAAUCAACUUUCCUAAUAUACGUACACAUGUAUUACAAGGUGAAGUUCAUGAUGCAAAAUCAUUUUAUUCAAUGAAUGGUGUAUCAGGACAUGCUGGUUUAUUUUCAAAUUUAAAUGAUAUGGCCAUUCUAACUCAACUGAUGUUAAAUAAUGGAUCUUAUGGAGAUAUUAAAUUUUGGAGUCAAAAUGUCCAAGAUAUGUUUUUAACGCCGUACACACCUGAUCCAACAUUUGGUUUAGGAUGGCGUUUAAAUUGUAACAAAUCUUUAUUGUGGUUCGGUCUUCAUGCAUCCGAUGAGGCAUAUGGUCAUGCAGGAUGGACAGGCACAUGCACUGUUAUUGAUCCAAAGUACUCACUAACUAUUACUUUACUAACGAAUAAACGACAUACACCAUGUAUCAAUGGAAUUUUUGACGGUGAAAAAUAUGAGACAGGACGAUAUGGUAAAAUAAUGACAUUGGUCUAUGAGUCAAUGCUAUUGCAUGAAUAUUCAUCUAUGAAAAUUUGA